AUGUUAGAUGGUUAUGCUGGUUAUAACCAAAUUUUUACUGCAGAGGAAGAUGUGCCGAAGAUGGUGUUUCGUUGCCCGGGGGCAUUAGGAACAUAUGAAUGGGUGGUUAUGCCAUUCGACCUGAAGAAUGCCGGAGCCACGUACCAAAGGGCAGGGGAUUUCCUAGGCUUUGUGGUGCUUAAAAAGGGUAUAGAGGUUAACCAAAGCAAAACCCAAGCCAUUAUGAAUGUUAAACCUCCGCCGACCAAAAAAGAACUUCAGUCCUUGUUAGAGAAGAUAAAUUUCUUAAGGAGGUUUAUAUCUCACCUAAGUAGAAAGACGAAGGCGUUCUCACCACUGCUUCGACUGAAAAACGAAGACUUCAUAUGGAAGAAAGAACAUCAAGAGGCUUUCGACAAGAUCAAAGAAUAUCUGACAAAGCCUCCCAUACUGGCACCACCUGUUAGAAAUAGGCCCAUGAGGUUGUACAUUGCAGCCUCAGAAUCGACUAUAGGAAGUAUGUUAGUUCAAGAAAGUGACAACGGUGUCGAAAGACCCGUGUAUUAUCUUAGUCGAAUGUUAAAUGGUCCUGAAACUAGUCGAAUUGGUAAAUGGGCAUUAGCAUUAACUGAGUACUUCCUAACAUAUGCUUCGUUGAAAGCAAUGAAAGGGCAAGUAGUAGCAGAUUUCCUUGUUGACCAUUUUGUGGUCGACGUGCCUCAAAAUUGUGUCGACUUGGCGCCCUGGAAGUUAUAUUUUGAUGGAUCCAGUCACAAAAAUGGCACGAACAUAGGAGGAAUCAUAAUUUCUCCAGAUGGAAUUCCAGCAGAGUUCAAGUAUUCAAUAUAUGGUAUGUGUACCAAUAAUGAAGCAGAGUAUGAAGCCUUAAUAACCGGACUUGAACUAUUGCUAGAAUUGGGGGCAAGGAAUGUCGAAAUCAUGGGAGAUUCUGAGUUGGUAGUGAAGCAGGUCUCUAAAGAGUACAAAUGCGUCAAAGAAAACUUAAUCAUGUAUUUCGUGAUUGCGAAUAGGCUACUCAAAAGAUUCGACUCAACAAGUAUUCGACACAUACCCAGACGAGAGAAUCAAGAAGCUAAUGAUUUAGCACAAGAGGCAUCAGGAUACAAGAAAUAUAGUGACGAAGAGCCUGUUCAAGUGAGGGAAAAAGUUCGAGAAACUGUGUUGUCUCCCUCAGAUUUGCCAAUUAUAAAGUUAGGAGCAGUCGACGCCAAAAAUUUCGAAAUUUUGACGGUCGAUAGUGGACAAGAAAACGACUGGCGUAUGCCAUUGGUUGAAUACUUGCGCAACUCUACGGGUUCGACAGAUAGGAAGAUCAAAUACAAGGCUCUUAAUUUCGUUCUGAUGGGAAACGAACUAUUCAAGAAAACAGCUGAAGGAGUACUGCUUAAGUGUCUUGGGGAGAACGAAGCGUAUUUGGCCGUGUCGAAUGUAGACAGUGGGGCCUGUGGCGCGCAUCAAGCGGGACACAAAAUGAAGUGGACUUUAAUAUGCUCAGGGGUUUAUUGGACCUCAAUGUUAAAAGACUGCAUAGAGUUUGCAAAAGGAUGCCAAGAGUUCCAGAUGCAUGGGGGCAUCCAUCACGUCCCUGCAAGCGAAUUGCAUACCAUUGUGAAACCUUGGCCGUUCAGAGGACAUGCUUUGUAUGUGAUUGGGGAAAUAAAACCAGCUUCGUCAAAACAACAGAGGUACAUUUUGGUCGGUAUUGACUAUUUUACAAAGUGGGUCGAAGUUAUAGCCUUAAAAAAUGUCGAUCAUUAA